UUCGUGGUCACAGUCGACCACUAACAAUCGACCUCUCACACCCGCUCAUCCACCAUCACCAUAUCGCAGCCUUCACAACCUCCACGAUGGCGGACUCGAAGAAAUCGAACCCAAGCGAUGACUGCAUGCUGCUGGCCCUUCCCAGAGAGCUGAGGGACGACAUCUACAAACACUAUCUACGAGUCGAAGGUGGUUAUGUGUAUAACUUUGAGUCUGGCAAGCUCAGAUGUGCCACUUCGACCGGGACUCGAGCGCCUAUCGACUUGGAGCUUAUGCUCUCGUGCCGGCAGAUCGCAGCAGAGAUGAGGGGCCUCGCACUGAAGACCAAUGUCAUCACCUUCCGCCCUGUUGCUCCCCCUGCGAAGCAGAGCAACUUGCAAUAUCUUCUCAACAGCAAGGAUGAAUGGUGGGACGCUGUCUUCCAAAGCCUCCAGGAGAAAAAUUUCAACCACCCCUUACGCUCGUCUCGCAAGGACUGGUGGCCUGUGCCAAACUUUGACGAAUCAAUUUGCCGAACGGUGUCCGAAGAAUUUCCCAAAUUCGAGCCUCACUUACGGCUUAUUCAGAGGUUGGCUUCCGAACCUUCUAAUUAUGCCGCACGAUUUGAUGUCUUCAAUGAUGAAGAGCACGACUUCACAGGUCGACAAGUAUACUGGCCAAACAUAGGCUACCCCAUCUACUGGGGCGAAGUGCCAUCUCUUCAGCGGCAAGCAGCGCUAAAGACGCUGGAGCUGAUCUCGUCACGAGAGUCCUGGUCAGAGAAGGCGUGGUCAGACGUGGAGGAUGAUCCUGGUUGGAGAGCAGGGUCUUAUCGGGUUCCCACGACUGACCGUGCUGCUGAUAUUAUCAGAUAUCACUCAUUGUACAAGCCAUGGACCAUUAUUGAAGACGCUGAAGGCGAUGGGAUUGAACAUGAUCGUCGCCAUCCAGCACAUUAUCGUGAUGAACAUAAAACUCAGGAAGAUUAUGAACGCGAACCCCACGAAAACUUCGACCCACGCUAUUGGAACAGACAUUUCCUAUCAGCCGCAUCAAUCGCCAUCCACUUCCUGGAAAACAUCCCAAGCCAGCGAAAGAAUAUCCGCAAAAUCAUCCUGGACGAGAGGUAUCCCGGUCAGAACUUUUCCGAAUGUCAUGGCUUAGGCUUCAUUGGGCUCUGUAAGGAAAACCCGGCCCUUCGUGUUGAACGGCGAGCCAAUCUAUGGACAAAUGUCUGGCAGCCCGAAACCUGCCUCAAUAACGACGGAAUGACAGAUUACUUCCUCACCGAACGUGUGGCUUGCUGGAUAGUUGAGGCCUUGGCCCUCGCACCUGCCGGAAUGCCCCAAGGCUCCUUCACGCUGGUGCUGGAUGGGAAUCCUGCCCCUGAACAAUGUACGAAGCUCUUCCAGAGGGUCCAACGCGACGCGGCAUGGCACACGGCCUUCUUGGAGACUUUCGAUCGGGGCAUCUUACACAAGGUUUCCUACGACGACAUGAGGAGGACCGAGGGCUUUAUGUAUGUGGAUUUUCCACCGGCCCUGCAGGAUAUAUCUAGAGGCACUUGCCUUGCUGUUCGCGCAAACUUUGACGUUGGUGAGCCGAUGGACGUUGAGGCCAUGAUUGAGGCGCACCGCGAAUGGACACUGUCCGAUUGGGAACGAGGGUGGGAUCUCAGUACCUCGUAUCAAACUUUGCCGCCUUUGCCGGAAUGGAAAGUCAUCUGUGACCUAAGGAAUUCGCCAGAAGGAGUUCCGUGGUUUCGAGACUAGGAACGCCAAAGAGGUUCUACUUGAUUCAGGAGAUACAACCUUGAGAUCUAUCGGGGCCACCUGGGAAUGCUGCUUGAGUUGUAAGUAUACUGUGGCAGCUCUGUAACAGGAAGUAAAUCUCAAGUGCUACACCGAGUGGGCCACCAGGAAACAGUGG